CCCCGUCACCCCCGCCCGCCACGAAACGCACUCGUACUGUGGUUACAAAAGAGAAGGAAACCGUCACCACUGUCGAGAACAAUACCACGCGGGGGAGAUCGGUGAAGAGGACCACCGCCGUUGACACGACCGUAGUCCCGGCCAAGAAGUCGCGGGCGAAGACGCCUACUGCAAAGGCGGAAAAAGAGGCUGCACCCAAGGUGGCUAAGGAGCCCAAGCAAGCGAAACCCAAGCCUGCAAAGAUGCAGGCUCCGUACUUCAAUCCUCUUCCCAUUCCUCCCGCGCAUAUGCGGCCGCCGUACCAAUUGUGGGGUUGGGGUGCCGGAAAUUUCGGUCAACUAGGGAUGGGCCCCGAUCUCCUGGGAGAGUACCCCAAGCCCAAGCGAAACUUAUGGAUCGAAGAGCAGAUUAAGAAGGGUACCUUUGGCGAUGAAGAGGGUGCCGGGUUGGAAGCGAUUGCAGCCGGCGGUAUGCAUACUAUUUUUAUUGAUGAGAAGGGAACUGUGUGGUCGUGCGGCGUGAAUGAUGAAGGUGCUCUGGGACGUGUCACGACUGACGUCCCAAAUCCCGAGAACCCGGAUGAGAAGUUAGAUGUGGAUCAGCUUACUGCAACGCCAUAUCCUCUUCAAACUUUGAUAGAUGAAAAUUUCCGCGCUGUCAAGAUUGCGGCUGGCGACAAUGUAUGCGCCGCCGUCAGCACUGAAGGUGAACUCAGAGUGUGGGGAUCGUUCCGGGACAAUCAAGGUUCACUGGGCUUUUCGAGCGAAUCCCAGCGACAGUUCCUGCCUGCACCUAUCCUAGAGUUGAAGCACCAUUCUGGCAACGUCGAGAAAUUCGUAUCCGUUGCAUCAGGAAACAACCAUCUCCUGGUUCUCACUACUCACGGAAACGUGUACACACUCGGAGCCGGCGAGGAAGGCCAGUUAGGCCGGAAAGUCAUCCAGCGCCGGAAAAUCCACGGAACCGCUCCGGAGAAGAUCGUACUUGGUACUCGCACUCGCAGAGCCAAAGUCGUAGGUGCCGGCAACAAUGCCUCAUUUGCUGUGGAUGAACGAGGCGUUGUUUGGGGUUGGGGUUUGAAUACCAUGGGCCAGACCGGCACAGGUUACUCAAACGCCUCCGUCGAUGGUGAAGUACACUCCCCGAAGCAAGUCGUUGGCUUGAGUAAAGAAGAACUGGACGGCGACGAGGUGGUACAGAUUGCUGGUGGGGAUCACCACACGCUUUUCUUGACCGCCAGCGGCAAGGUUUACGCAUGUGGACGAUCGAACGAUGGGCAGCUUGGCCUCGCGAAGGAUGAUCCUGCCUUCAAAGACCGGGAACACGAGAACUUCCUCCCAACCCCCGCUCUUGUGACGUUCCCAGACCCCAGUGAUCCGGUGGUCCAGGUAUCCGCCGGCACCCAUAACAAUUUGGCUGUAACGGAAGGAGGCGCACUCUAUGCUUGGGGUGCGCAGACACAGGGUGAACUCGGCAUUGGAGAUGAUGAAGAAGCGUUGACACCCACGGUCAUCGUGAGGAAGCAAGGAGGAUCCUGGUCCGCGCACUCUGUUUCAUGCGGGGGACAACAUACCAUUGCGCUUUUCAGGAAGAAGAGUUAGAGCCUCUGAUACUAUAAGGACUUUGCGAUUUUGCCUGCUGUUGUAUAUUUAUUUCACGUAGUCACAGGUAGUUACUGUCUCUUGUGUACAUAGCGAUUUGUAAAGAAAAUAACGGAGAAAUCAAGGAGAAAUUGACAAACGCGUGA